GAUCUAGCUGUGCCGGUGUCAGUCACUUCCGCACAAGCACAAACACACACCGCCGACCGACAACCGCUUCUCCGCCAUCCUUAGCCGCAUCCUCCGCGAGAACCUGAGAAGUGAUCGGCGAGGAGCCAUGGCUGCAGCGGCAGCACCAUCUCGCCGCGCGCCGGCGCCGCUGCUCCUCGUGGCGGUGGCGGCCGCCGCGCUGGCGCUGGCGCUCGCGCCGCGGCCCGCGGGGGCGGCGCUGUCGUGCUCCACGGUGUACAACACGCUGAUGCCGUGCCUCGGGUACGUGCAGUCGGGCGGGGCGGUGCCCCAGGCGUGCUGCUCGGGGAUCCAGAGCCUCCUGUCCGAGGCGCGCACCACCCCCGACCGCCGCGCCGUCUGCACCUGCCUCAAGAACGUGGCGGCGGGCGCCGCCGGCGGGCCCUACAUCAGCCGCGCCGCCGGGCUGCCCGGCAGGUGCGGCGUCUCGCUGCCCUACAAGCUCAGCCCCAACAUCAACUGCAACUCGAUCAACUGAUGAGGUGCCUCUACUGUCAGCCCUGGAGUCGUCGGCACGAGAUCAUGGGAGGGCCGUAGGACCUGCUGAUGCUUCUACUGGCCUUAAUAAAGUUGUGAGAUUUAGGACCGGUGAAUCUCUUACUAUAUACUGUAUAUGUGUCCCAUAAUAUGCUUGAGGCAUACAGACGAAUACGUUGUGAAAUGAUACGAAUAAAUGGACGUACGAUGAUGCAGCCGUACAUAUUUUAUGGGUAACACUACUACAAAAUUUUUA